UGCCGCCGCCCCUUAAAGCGCGCCGGGGCCGCCGCGAGCGCAUCCUCACGCUGAGGGCAGCGGCCGAAGGAGCAGCGGUUUCCCGGCGGCGUCUUUCUGGCCUGUUUUUUUUUUUUUUUUUUUUUUUUUUUUUUUUAUUUUCGUCCCAGUGAAUUUGGAGCAGCUUUGCUUUGCAAUUGACCCCCGUCGCUGUUGGAGUAGCCGGCUCUCCCACAGAGCCGCUCCGGCCCGCUUGAGGCUUCCUCAGGUGUUGCCGCCCGCGGGGCGCGGAUCCGGCCGAGCCAGAGGAGCGGCGGUGGCAGCACCAUGCCUGCCAGCUUCUCCGGGCGCUGCCUGGUGUGCCUCCUGCUGCUGCUCUGCACCAGCUUCUCGGGCGGGAACCCUGCAGAUCCAGCUAUGACAACACAAGAUUCCAAUCAGACUCAGGUGAAUUCCGUAACGAAGAUGCAACCUGGACAUGACUCAUCUGGUCCUGAUGCUGCCACACAAGAGCUCAAGCCAGCAAGCAAGCAGAACGCUAAUGUGUCAGAGUAUGAGAUUGUCCUACCUGGUGUGUCUGAAAAAAAUAUCUCUUUGGCCAAUCCAACUAAAGUUGAACUUACAUGCAAAUUAGAUGAGAAUUCCAAUCUGAAAAAUCCUCAGGUGACUUGGAAAAAGGGAAGUGAAACAAUCAGUCACACCAGUAAAACUCAGAACAGCUGGACCAUUGAAUUGACCAUCUCAGGGAGCCAUGAGCUGGGAAGUUACACUUGUAUUCUGAAGGCUGAAAAAGAAGUCAGUGCUACAUUUCAUUUGCACGUACCAAUCAUUGAUGGAAGAGAAAAACCCAUAAUCUCUUAUGAAGGGGAUAUAGCUGUGAUGGUUUGUACAACUGUGUAUAAUCCCAAGGCCUGGGCCUGGUAUAUGACCAAUGGAACUGAGCUGGUUCCCAUUGAUAAGAUGUUACCUGUGGACAAGUUUCGAAUUAAGAGUCCAUCUGUCAGUAUAAACCGUUUGGAGGUAGUCAAGCUUACCAGGGAAGACUGUGGUGUGUAUUGGUGUGAAGCUGCUUUUGAAUUAGGGCCCAGUAAAUCAAGAUUUGAACUUAGAGUUCUGUCCAUCGCAGCACCUCUCAAACCCUUUGUAGCAGUUGUGGCUGAAGUUGCUAUUCUUUUAAUUAGUAUUGCCCUCUAUGAGAUUUAUUCGAAAAGGAAAGCAAAAGGAGGUGAAAAACAGUUUGACCAAAUUGAGAAACUGUCAGAAGACAAUGUAACUGGGAGACAAAAGUAGUUCUAUGCAGAGAGGGAAGGUUCCUUUAAAGGAGAUUUAAGGCAGUAGAAGUGGAAAUCAUCACAAAGCUAUAGAAGAUGUAUGCAGCUACUUAAACAUUCACUAUGUUUUGAAAUAGAGUCCUCUACAUUUGAGAAAUAAGACUCUUUUAAAAUAGCUCUGAAACGACUCAUUUUAUAUAGAUGAUAAUAGGAUAUAUUGUACUUAGAUGUUUAUCUGUAACAUUUUACUCCUAGCAGGGUGUUUUUUAUGUGAUUAGGCUUACUUUUGGUUUAUGAUUGAUCUGUUUGAUUUUUAUCUCCUAAAUUGGAACUAGUGUUGUAUUCACUGAAAAAAUGGUUAAUGUAGAGUGGGCAUAUUAUCUGAGUGUUAUAAAACUGGAUACAUACAAUUGAUAAGUAUUUCCACCAAAGAAAAUGCCUUUUACUAGCUGAUGAAGCAAAUGUAAUGCAGCUGUUUUUACCAAAGAAAUGGUGAAAGGGAGAUCUUUAUCAGGGCUUAAAUGAAACUUUUAAGAGUUGUGAUUUAUUCUGAAUAGUAAAUUGUGUUAAUUCUAACUUUUCUUAGCUUCAUUCUCAGUUCAACUAUAUUGUAGUCCUUAGUAGGCAAAACAUUAAGCUGCCAUACAGCUCAGAUAUUUCACAGAAUAUGAAAGAAGUAUUGGGGAUACAGUACCUUCUCAGACUAAAACUGCAAUAAUUCCUUCUGCUUGAAAAAAUUAUUGCACUCUCUGGGGCUGCAAACCCAAGUUAUUAUAAUUUAUAUGGAAUGCUGAAUUUUCAGGAAUAUACCUAUAUAUGCUUCUCAUCAUACAUACUGUCUAGUUGGUAUUUCUGCUUCUUUCAGCAAACUGUUGUUUCUCAAACUCCUUGCAAACCAUGCAGUGGAUCUUGAGCAGCUAAAAUUUCCAGGACAAUAGGAUGAAACAGCAUUGAACACCACAACUGCUCUUACACAAAAAAUUUAACACUGCUGUUAAUGAUUUACAGUAUUGCUUUUGAAGAGUGAGUUGCCAUAAUACUGUUUAGCUACAUUAUGCAUUCAGCGAUUGAAAUGUUUAGCUAAUAAGACAACAGUUGGUUUCAUCAGUUGCCUUUGCUUGAAAUAAUUAAAGCAUCAAUUUUGAGAGGAAGAAAUAAAAUCUUCAGAAAAAUACCUUUUCUCCAUAAAAAUCUAAGGAAAAAUGCAGCAUUUGCAGACUCCAUAAGAAAGUGAAAGAAGAAAAAAAAUACACAGAACUUCUUUGUACUGGUCAUUUUUCUUUUGAACAUAAAGGAAGGUAAAAAAAACAGAUAAAACAGAUUGAAUUCCCUUCCUUGAUUUUUUUUUUCUACUUUACUGUUCUUAUGGGUUUGAAAAAUACCAGAAAUCCUAGCCUUAGCUGUUUUGUUGGAAAUGGGAGAUAAAAUCCAGUCAGACCUAUGCUUUUUUGGUUUUCAUAAUUCGUUUUCUAGUCUGAAAAACUACAAGUUAAGGUCCAAAUAAGACACAAUGAGAAAUAUAAAAGCACUGGGUGAUUGACUGUAAGGAGUGAACACUGAUACAGGUUCCCGUUGCUUAGAUACUGUUUAUUGUAUUUUUGCCUUGGAAUUUCUAUGCACUAUUAAAAACAGAAGGCAUCUACAGUUUUUUAUAUUAAUUUCUCAUUAAUAUAAUUGAUGCUUUCAUUGUAGCAAGUAAAUGUGGGCAGUUUCAAAACUUUUACUUCUGUAAAUGUUUGUAAAUUGGCACAUUUUAGAGUUUGUAGUAAUUUGCUUCAUGUAGGCAGUUAAAUAGUAAAAAAGGAAGUCUUACUUAGAGAACUAAGAAUUACAUUCUGAAUAACGCAGCAUUAAUAUAUUUUGCAAAGGAAAUGAGACUAGAUACUGUCUGGGAAAAAAAACUGCCAGUUAAUCAGGAAUAGUAAUAAUCUUUCUGCCUUCAUAUAGUAUUCCUACUUGAUCUUGCAGUUGAGCUGUAAAGUCUUGGCUAACAUAGGCAAGUUAUACAGACAGAUAGUUUUUUGGCAUUAGCAGGGAAAACCUGGAUUUUGCACGGACUUUAGAAGCAGCAAAUCUUAGAUCUUCUAGGACUAUAUUAGCUUGGUCAGAGUGGCUGCUGAAACUAUAGCUUUGUCUUGACCUACCUGUAGCAUGUUCUGCUUACUUUUUCUGAGGGUUUGGUGUUUAUUUUUAGGUUGGUGAGUAGUUUUUUGUCAUUAUAAUGAGGUUUUUUUCUAUGCAUGUUCUCCUAGGUUAAACCCAUUUGGGCUUGCCCUAUGGAGGGGAAUAACAAGCAAUAUUUAAAUGGUAACUAUUAAGUAAUUGACAUAAUUAAUGGUCAACUUCAAAGGCAUAAACUCUGCUUUUCUUGCUCCAAGUACCACAAGAAACUCUGGAAAUUGUGAAAUUUAUCUUUUGAGAAGUAUGUGUUGUUUAUGUUCAAAAUAUUCCCAUUGCAGUUGCUUUAUGAUCUUAGCAUUGAAUAGAACAAAACUUUUUAACUUUAAAAAAUCUUAAAACUCUAGGCAGUGAUUUUUUUUUUUUUACUUCAUUCAAGCCAGGAGAUACCAAAUAAGAUCCAUAACAAUUGUGAAAUUUCUUUCAAACAGCAGUUGGAGCUAAGUGUACGAAUCCACAAAAUUAGUUUUAAUAACAAAAUAUUGACAGACUUACAUGGGUAGCCCGAAUCUUAAAACUACACGUGUUUAGCAAAUUUAGUCUUCCAAGAUUAAAACCUUUUCUUGCAAGUGGGGAUAUAUUACUGGAUUUUAGACCAGCAAAAGUCUUACCAGCUUCAUAGAAGAAAAGGUUAAAAUCUGCAAAAGAAUCCUGAAGGGCUCUUUCCUAAAACUUCAAGAUGCUACAGUGCAUAUUCUUCCUGCCCUUUGGAACAAAGUAGACACAAGCAGAAGAUGGACAAAUAUUAGAAGAGCUUCCAAACUGGGGGUUCAAAUAGAACUGCAUUAGGUCCCAUUACAGAAGAGAUACUAAACAUUUCCCUGCAGUUGUUCAGCAAAAUUGAUUAGCUGUAUGUCCUUUGACACAUGUAAUCCUGGGGAAGAGAGGGACAACUCAUCAGUACUGAUGUUGCUACUAGAAUCAGCAUCUGUGUGCCUCUUUCUUUUUCAGCCAGAAAAAGUGCCUUUAACUUGUCCCUUAGAGCCUCUGAACAGUUGACUGCUGAGCAAUGAAAAUUGAAAAGAAACUGAUUGGUACCUUAAGGGCAGGGGAGGUUUUUUUGAGAUGAGUGGUACUCUUAAGUUUUGAGCUGCCCAGCAUGUAUUGUCUGACCACAGCUGCAUGAUGAUUCAGUUCUAGCUGUAUGCUCCUCUGAAAUGGGAAGGUGGGGAUUGUGAGGAAGCAACCAGAUGAGAAUGUUGUAGGGACAUGGGAAGGAACUGCAUUUUAGUGUUGUGUAGGGGUCCAGAGGGACAGACAGCAGAAGCUAAGGCGACUUACUAUUAGACAUGUACAGGGAAGACUGAAUGCACAUCUGUAGGAGAAAACAUGUUUUCAGUUGUACCACUCAGACUGUGUAGGAAGUUUUGUACAGCAGCUGAAAAUAAUGUGCCAUUGCUGAACACUUGGACAGAUGAAAGCACAAAGCUAAAUGAGAUGUCUUAUAAGAAAACUAGAAGUUACAUGCUUAGAAAAUACCUCUCUGCUAGUUUAAAAGUUUUGUAGUCUUGUUAUUUCAUUGUGCUAGAAUUUGCAUACAUAAUUCUUUGUGAAAAAAAUAAAGCAACUUCCAAGUUCUCAACUUUACAACUUCUAACGGAAGGUCUUGACUUGUCAAAAUUUGCUGUUGGCAGUUGAGUUCAUUUAUGUAAUUGAAUGUUUGUUCUGUCAUACCCAAAAUUACUUCCUUAGAGAAACUUCAUCUGCUUUGUUUCUGCAUUCAGCUUUAUAUAUAACGAAAGAGAUUUUGGGUUUUUUUAUUACUGAGGAUAUUUCUAUCAACUGAUUUGCUGAAUUAUUUUCAGAUUGACAUUAAACGUUAACAGUGCCUUGAAGAAAGACAUUUGUUUACUGUAGUUUAUUUUGUUUUUUUCUUUUGCAAUAUGUCUGUUAAAAGUUUUCCUCUGAAACUUGACAGCAAAAUCUGUUUGUCUUGUAAAAGACUACUAAGCCUAACGCUUUUUUCACACUUGCCUUAUUUUACAUUCUGAUUCUAUAUUCUGUGGUCACACAACUGUUCCAAUGUAUUACUUAAAUAGAAAUACCCUCUGUUGGUUUGAUAUAUCACAUAAUGAGGAUGGCAGUUAUGAAUAGUGUGAAUUGGUAUGUGUACUUAGAAAUAAUUUCAAUAAAUUUAAUCAUAAAGUGA